CUCAGCGAGCGGCACAUGAUGCGCCGCGCGCCGCCCACGCACGAGCCGCCGCCCACCAGCAGCGUCGGCGCGCUCAUACAGCGCUUCAACGAGGUGUCGGCGUGGGUGACGCAGCUGCUGCUGGCGGCGGAGGAGCGGCGCGCGGCGCUGGCCUGCGUCCUGCGGGUGGCGCUCACGUGCUGGAACAUCGGCAACUUCAACGGCGCCAUGGAGAUCGUGGCCGGCCUCAAGUCGCACCGGCUGAAGGCGUUCUGGGCGGGCGUGGCGGAGGAGCCGCUGCCGGCGCUGGACUUCCUGUCGGCGGCGCUGCUGUCGGCCGAAUACGAGCGCGCGCUGGCGCGGGCGCUGGCCAUGCCCGAGUGCCGGCUCGUGCCCUUCUUCGGCGCCUUCCUCAGGGAGCUGCGGGAGAUCCUGGCCGCCACGCCGCCACUGACGAGUCAUUCGCUGGCCGCCACGCCCACGCACCGGAGGGACUUCAAGAGGGACUCCGACAGAUCCUCAAUAAAAAGAGACACGCGGAGAGAGAGCGGCAAGAGAACAGAGCAGAGCACGAGUCCCUUCCGAGAGAGCAGCAAGAGAGACCCGCGCUACAGCGAGCCCAGCAGACAAGUCUACAUAGCGUCGUUCGACGAGGAGGGCGAGCAGUUCCGGCGCGUGGGGCCCGAGGGGCUGCUGAACCUGGAGAAGGUGUAUCGCACGCAGGCCGUCAUGGACCACGUGGCCAGCUUCCACCAGCACCGGCACAGCCUGGCGCGCACCGCGGCGCCGCUGUUCGGGGACUACUUAAGAACAGCCAUAGCAUCGUGCGAGCAGCCGGUGUUCGUGCCCCCGCAGCGCAGCGGGGCGGACUUCGAGAACGAGGCGCUGUACGAGCUGGAGGGCGGCAGUUACUGCCCCGUGCAGCCGCUGCCCCACGACCACGGCGUCACCAUGUUCCCCCUCGCGCCGCAGACAGGGGAGAGGAUGGACAGGCACAUCCUGCAGGUGAUGCACCACGGCACGGCGGCGGUGGUGGGCGAGGCGGAGUGGGGCGGCGCGCUGGCGCACCUGCGCCUGGAGCGCUCGUGCGCGCUGCUCACCUGGUGCCGCACGGCGCACCGCCCGCACCACAGCCACGGCGACACCCCCUCGGAGAGCGUUCAACAACCGGAGAUAAGUCUGUCGUACAACCCUGAAGAAGUCAUCCCUCUCAAGUACUCCGGCAACUUGGUGCACGAGACGGAAGCGGGCGUGGUGGGGGAAGAAGGGUUCAUCGACCUGCAGUGCGUGAAGGACCUGCGGCUGCACGGCAAGCUGGUGGAGCCGCGCGACCUGGCGGAGCUGUGCGCGUCGGCGCGGCGGCUCGGCCUGGCCACCUGCAGCCAGCGCCCGCACGUGUUGUCGCUGGUGUACGGGAAGACUCUCAGCGACAACAGGAUCGUGCACUUCGUGUUGCCGCCCUACUCCUUCAGGGUGUGGGCGGUGGGGCUUCACUCCGUCGUCAAGGCGCUGAUCAGUCAGACAAAGCUGGCGGACCGCAGCCUGGCGUGGCUCAAGAACAAGUACACGGCUCUGUACUAUGAAGACGCUUGCUGCUGCGAGCCGCUGGUGUCGGAUGCGAUACGGGUGUUCGGAGGGCGGGAGUCGGUGUACGGCAGCUCGGCGCACUCCACGCCCGUGAGGAGCGCCGACGGCGACUCGGCGCGCGGCAGCGGCAAGUUCCGCAAGAACAAGUCCACGUCCGAGCUGAAGAGCUCGCCGCGCAGCCACAGCUCGCACGCGUCCGGCGCCCGCAGCGACGACGAGCCGCACUCGCCGCGACACAGUUCCUACUCCGCGGCGUCCAGCCAGCACACGUCUCGCUCCCAGCGCCACAGCAGCCUCACCACCAGCGCGCACAGCGGCUCGCCCAACCGCAGUAGUUUAAAGCGUCUGGAGACCAGCGAGCGGUUCUGGGAGAACCUUAAGCACUUGCGGACGGGCUCCGUCGGCUACGACACGCAACUGGACUUUAUGGACUUUGUCGCCUUGUUCCGCAGCUUUAGCCUGGUGAUGCGCUCGGAGCUGCGCGACGUGUUCGAGCAGCUGGCGGUGCCGCGCGUGCGCAGCCCGCUGCUGGGCGCGGAGAUGAGCAGGAGCUCCCCGGAGCUGUUCACGAGCAAGACUGCCUUCAGAACCGGGUUGUUGACGAGAAACGGCUCGCUAGACAUGGAGCCCCCCACAGACAAGGCGGGGAGGAAAAAGGCUUUCGACAUCCUCGCCGCUGCUGCAUUGCCAGGAGCGAGUCCCGACGUGAGCGGGCGGGUGCUGUCGCUGGCCACUCUCGGCAAGUUCUGCGAGAGCCGGCAGUGCGAGCCCAAGACUGAGCAGCAACUGAAAGACAUUAUACAGAGGCAUGAACCCGAGCCCGCGCUGCGCGGCGAGCACUGCCUGUCGUUCGAAGGCUUCGUGCGCUUCCUCAGCGACAAGGACAACUACGCGUUCGUGCCCGAGCAGCGGAGAGCUAACAACUUCCUUACCAAGCCGUCGGAAGAGGACGCGUCGCCCGCGGAGCCGUCGCGCGAGAUGUGCGGCCCGCUGGCGCAGUACUACGUCGCCAGCAGCCACAACACCUACCUCACGGGCCACCAGCUCAAGGGCGAGUCGUCGGUCGAGCUCUACAGUCAGGUUUUGUUAACAGGCUGCCGCUGCGUGGAGCUGGACUGCUGGGACGGCGACGACGGCAGCCCCGUCAUCUACCACGGACACACCUUCACCACCAAGAUACCCUUCCGGAGAGUCGUCGAGACCAUUGCCAGAAGUGCCUUCGUGACGUCACCGUACCCUCUGAUACUGAGCAUCGAGAACCACUGCAGCCUGCCGCAGCAACAAGUCAUGGCGAGCACUUUUGAGGCAGUGUUCGGAGAUCAACUGGUGACGUCAUUCCUGUUCGAAGUUGACUACACGGACGAGCCGCGCUUGCCCAGCCCCGAGCAGUUGAAAUACAAGGUAUUAAUAAAAAACAAAAAGAUGUUACCAGUGGAGUCGAGUCCCACGAUAGGACUGACGGGCGCCAGCUCCGCGCAGGCGUACGGCGGCACCAUGGCCACGGCCUUCAGGUCCAACGGCGCGCGGCACACCAGCGCGUCGCUGCCCGACGCCAGCCAGCGCACCAGCUCCAUCAUGUCCAACCAGUCGGCCGGCUCCUCGCUCACCGACUACUUCUCCGACGAGGACUACGACGAGGACGACGACUUCGACGAAAAAGAACUGCACAAAAUCCUGAACUCGUUGGAGGAGAAGGUCGGUCGGACGUCCCUGUCGCUCUACCAGAGCUUCCGCAGGAGCGAGCGAGAGGACGCGAGCGGGGUGAAGCACGCGCCGCCCAGGAAGAGGAGCAACCAGAUCGCCAGGGAACUGAGUGACAUGGUCACAUAUGUUCAGGCGAUAAAGUUCCGCGGGCUCAACCCGCUGUCCCCCCGGAGCUCCAUCAGGCGGCCCGGCGGCGCCAAGGAGCCCCCCGCCGGCGCCUGCAGCAGCUUCGAGUCCUCGGAGAGCAGCGACAGCACCGGCACGCAGCAGCUGGCGGCGGGCGGCGCGGGGCGCGCGCGCUGCCUCAGCACGCCGGCCGCGCACCACCCCUGCUACCGCUGCUCGUCCGUCAACGAGGCCAUCGCCAAGAAGAUCUGCCGCAAGCACCCGCUCGCGCUCAUCGCGCACACCGAGACGCAGCUCGUGCGGACCUAUCCCGCCGGCCUAAGAAUAGACUCCUCGAACUUCGACCCGGUGACCUUCUGGUCGUGCGGCGUGCAGCUCGUGGCGCUCAACUACCAGACGGAGGACGCGGCCAUGGCGGUCAACGCUGCCAUGAGCGAGAGCAACGGCUGCCUCGGCUACGUGCGCAAGCCGCGCGUCAUGUGGGACCCGGCGCACAUCGCUUACAGGAGGUUCAAUCCAAUGGACAAGGAGUUCGACGGCAUCCACGCCGCGCAGCUGACGCUGGCCGUCAUAUCGGGCCAGUACGUGGCGGAGAACGUCUACUCGUUCUACAACGCGUACGUGGAGCUGGAGGUGCUGGGCGUGCCCGCAGACUGCCGGAAGAUCAAGACGCGAGUGGCGCGGCGGAACGCACUCAACCCUAUAUGGAACGAAACUUUCACUUUUAAGGUGAACUUCCCCGAGCUGGCGUUCGUGCGCUUCGAAGUGUACGACGCGGACACCAACUACAUGCUGUCGCAGCGCGUCAUCCCGCUGCAGUGUCUGCGCCCGGGCUACCGGCACGUGCGCCUCAGAUCUCCGACCAACCAGCCGCUGAACAUGGCGUCGCUGCUGGUGUUCUCGCGCUGCGGCGAGGAGCUGGCGGGCGAGCGCUGCCGCGCCGACGCCGAGCCGGGCGAGCCGGCGCAGCGCCGCAAGAUCCACUUCCUCAUGGUGCACGCGGUGCUGCCCGCCGAGCCCUACUCCAUCCUGCGCGUCACCCACGACACCACCGCCAACGAGGCUAUCGCGCAAUGCCUCACGAAGGCGGGCGUGUGCAAGUCGUCGCGCGGCAGCUACGUGCUGGUGGAGGAGGUGCCGUCGCGCGCGCCCACGCAGCGCGUGCUGGCGCCGCACGAGCGCGUGCUGAAGGCGUCCACCGCGCGCCCCGGCGCCAGGCUGCUGCUGAAGAGGGUGGGCGACGACCCCAGCAGCCGGGCCUGGCUGACGAGCAUAAGGUCGGCGUCGACGGACCGGUCGCGCGACGCGUCGGUGCCGUCGGACGACGAGUCGAGCGCGCAGGAGGAGCCGCGCAAGCCGCCCGACAGCUUCCUGGUGUGUGUGCACAACGUGUGCCACGAGAUACCCUACGCCAUACUGAAGGUGCCGCUCGGAGCGACAGCGUCCUACGUGAUCUACCAGGCGCUGACCAAAGCCAGAUGUCAGGACGAUCCCAAACGGUUCGUUCUGGUGGAGGAGUUGGAGUGGGGCGGGCGCGCGGGCGGGGGGCCGCAGCACCGCGCGCUUGCUGAUGAUGAAGUGGUGUACGCGGCGCAGGCGGGCUGGAAGACGCUGGGCCGCUUCGUGCUGCAGGAGCGCGGCAGCUGCGCGCCCCUGCCGCGGCACCGAGCCUGCAUCGCGCGCAUCACGCGCGGCCUCAGCAUGACGCGCGGCGCCAUCAUCGGCGGUGGCAGCUUCCCCCUCAGCAACAUCAUCUCGGGCGACAGUGUGGUGGCGGAGGGCAAGACGCCCGUGCAGACCGCCUACAGCGACCCCACGCACUGCAGGCGCGUGUCGUCAGCGCUGGCGGCGGGCGUGGCGCGCGCCAAGGGGCAGUCGUGCCGGGACGUGCGCGCGCGGGAGGUGCACUCGGAGGGAGAGGGCGGAGGUUCGCUGGGCGCGGACGCUCUCGCGGCACAUAUGGCGCGCUUCAAGAGGGUAUCGCUGAGGAAGCUGAGGGCCUGGCGCUCCUGAGUGUGGCAGGUCUUCCGGCGGCUCGGCACCAGUCUGGCGAACCACCGCGCAUCCUUAUCCUCAGAACUGGGCUCCCUGUGGGACUUCUUCCGCAUCGACCGCGAGAGGAGGCGUUCGGCUCCCGCCGCCACGUUCGACCACAUCCCA